AUGACGCGUUUGACGUCUAUGCUGGCUGCCUUGGCCUCUUCACUCCCUUUGUCCCAUGCCGCGUCUCUUCAGAAGCUCAAUGUGACGCUCGAGAAAAACCCCAGCAACGUGGGCUUCUACAUCUACGUGCCCGACCAGCUUGCGCCGAACCCACCGAUUCUCGUCAACCCUCACUGGUGCCACGGCGAUGCACCCUCCGCGUUCGCCGGCUCCAAGUUUGCCGACCUGGCUUCUCAGUACGGGUUCAUUGUUAUCUAUCCUGACAGCCCCAAUCUCGCCGACAAGUGCUGGGACGUAUCUUCUGAGGCUACCUUGACCCACGAUGGAGGGGGGGACAGCCAAGGGAUCGUGAGCAUGGUGGACUGGACGCUUGAGGAGUACGGGGCCGAUGCCACGCGCGUCUUCGUCACAGGUGUCAGCUCUGGCGCUAUGAUGACCAACGUCCUCGUGGGCGCCUAUCCCGACGUCUUUGCCGCAGGCUCUGCCUUUGCAGGCGUCCCAUUUGGGUGCUACGGCGCCAACAUACCGGCCAACACAAGCGAUGUGGCUUACUGGAACAGUGACUGUGCAGAUGGACGCGUUCAGCACAGCCCUGCCGAGUGGACCUCGAUAGUGAGAGCCGCAUAUCCCGGAUAUGGCAGCAGCUGGCGGCCAAAGAUGCAGGUGUUCCAUGGAACUGUGGACGAGGUGCUCAAUUACACAAACUUCGGCGAGGAGAUCAAGGAGUGGACGGGUGUGUUUGGCUUGAGCCAGACACCCACGGCCACGACCCAAGACACACCCCUCGCGAACUGGACCAAAUACGUACAUGGAGAUGAGGAUUGGUUCGAGGCGUAUAGUGCAUUGAAUGUCCCACACAACAUCCCUGUGCAGGCUGAUGUCGCGGUGGAUUGGUUUGAUCUGCGAUGUACUGAGGGCGAUUGUUUUCGCUGGGGAACAGGAGGGCCCGAGAGUUGA